GAAGAACGACGGAGAUGGAGGAAGCAGUCAAGCUGGAAAACUUCAUGGAAUGGGCGACUGCUCUUGGAAUUUCUGAUUCUCCCUUUAUCAACGUCGACAAAGAUGAAUUGCAGUGCCCUAAUCAUCGUCAGGCGUCUUCUUGCCUUGGACAAACUCUCUCUAUAUCCUAUUUCCCUAACGCCGGCGGGAGAGGAUUAUGUGCAGUGCGUGAUCUUCAGAAAGGUCAAUUGAUACUCAGAGUUCCAAAGUCAGCUUUAAUGACCUCCCAAAGCCUAAUAUUGAAUGAUCACAGACUAUCCAUAUCUAUCCCCAAAUUUUCUCUGUCUUCUACACAGAUACUGACUGUGGCAUUGCUAAAUGAAGUGGCUAAGGGAAAGCGUUCCUGGUGGUACCUUUACUUGACCCAAUUCCCUUCCAAUUAUGACAUAUUGUCAAGUUUUGAUCAGUUUGAGAUACAAGCUUUGCACCUGGAUGAUGCUACUUGGGCUGCAGAGAAGGCAUUGGAGAAGGCCAAAAUGGAGUGGGAAAGUGCUACUACCAUUAUGGAAGAACUUAUGUUCAAGCCACAUUACAUGAGUUUCAAGGCAUGGAUCUGGGCUUCUGCAUCUAUAUCUUCCCGCACAAUGCAUAUUCCAUGGGAUGCUGCUGGUUGUUUUUGUCCAGUGGGUGACCUUUUCAAUUAUGCUGCACCUGGGGAGGAGCAAGUUCUCUAUGGAGACUUGACAGUGGCGGACACGGGUGCAAGGUUAGACGGAGAGCAGUCAGAUGCUCAGUCACUUAGGUUGACCGAUGGUGUAUUUGAAGAAGAGUCUGCAGCAUACUGCUUUUACGCUAGAAGAAACUACAGAAAAGGAGAUCAGGUUCUCUUAAGCUAUGGAACAUACACAAAUUUGGAGCUUCUAGAACACUAUGGUUUCAUUCUAGAUGGAAACCCAAAUGAUAAGGCCUAUGUUCCCUUACCUUCUGACCUUCAUUCUUUAUGCUCAUGGCCAGGAGACUCUCUAUACAUCCAACAAAACGGAAAGCCAUCUUUUGCCUUGCUAUCUGCUAUGCGAUUAUGGGCAACACCCACACACCUACAAAAGUCGGUUCGACACCUUGCUUAUUCUGGAUCACCUGUAUCAAAUGCAAAUGAGAUAAUCGUUAUGGAGUGGUUAGCAAAGAAAUGCCGUUUGGUCUUGAAGAGUUUAACAUCAAUCAAAGAAGAUAAGUCAUUGUUAUCUGUUAUGGACAAAGAGUUUGAGUCAGCCAUGGAGCUCAAGUGUGCAUUAUUGGGUUUAACAGAUGAGACUUGCGCCUUCUUGAAAAACAACAAUUUACUGAACAAUGAGAUCAUAGAUUUACCCAGAAAGGCAAUAAGGUCACUGGAUAAAUGGAAAUUGGCAAUAAGGUGGAGGGUGAAGUACAAGAUGAUGCUAUGCGACUGUAUUUCAUAUUGUAUAACGGUAAUUAAUGAUCUUUCUUGACGAUUUUAUAUAAAAACGAUAUAGGGAGUGUUUGUGCU